AUGCUUUCAACACUUUGUAGAGUCCAUGCCCCAACGAAUUGAGGCUGUUCUGGGAGCAAAAGGGGUUGUAACUCAAUAUUAGGAAAGUUAUUCAGUUACAUUCUGGACUUGUGUUCCUUCCUGGUAUAACUGAAUGGUGGACUGAAGGGCUGUAAUCUAAGUGAGAUCAUAUGAGAACCAUGAGUGACACUUCUGUUCUUGGUGGAAUUGGGUUUGAAUUAAGGAUUACACAUAGCCAUUGCAUAGCGUGCAAACAUAAACCAUUUCGUAAUUAUAUUUUGUUAGAUAUAGCUAGGCUAUAUCAGAGAAGAGGUUUUUCUGCUAGGGCUGUGGGAUGGCGCUUCAGCAGGUGUCAGAGACAGUGGUUGACAGCUGCGAACGUGACGUCAUACCGGGGGGCGCCGUGGUGGAGUUUGUGUUUUAGAAGAGGUUGCAACGCUCGGUGUGGGAAGUAUCGAAAGGAAGAGAGCAGCACUCAAUAAUUCACAGUGUAGCCUUCACCAGCCUGUGCGCAGACUACCGGAACAGAUAUCCUCGUAUCCUAUUCCUAAAUAAAUACUUUUUUUUUGCAAUUAGCGGAUACCUACAGUAACCACAAUCUUGGGCACAGUCCCGUUGAACGAUUCCAUACUUUCUUUUUAACAGUCAAAUAGACUAGGAUUAUUGUCGAAAACACGCAUAGAUUAUUUUUUUCCCCUUCCCAUCUCUUGCGACAGUCUGCGAUGUUCAUCCUAGCAUAUGCUGUGUGAAGCAGCAGGUGGCAAUGGUGGCAAACGGCAGUAUGCAGAGUCCAGGGGGAGGCAGGGCCAGGCUACAGCUCUAGCCACAGGCUGAGGGAUUCCAUGGACACUCAUGAACUCAAUGCCACAAAACCGGGAUUGAGUGGGAAGUUUGGGAAUAUCGGCCAGGGGAGGACUGAGUGGGCGGGUCACUAACUGACUGAUAGACUGCUAUGGAAGGAGCGAGAUCCACUAGAAUCUCUGUGAAUGUAACUCUCGGCUCAUUUCCCCAGGGAGAGUUGAGCUGGGAUCGCUCAGCUAGGAUUAGAAACCAGUCCUGAGUGUCUGCCUCUGCCAUCCCAUGCUUCUAUCUGUAGCAGGCACAGUUGGGGCGUUGCUAUGGCAACACUUGCCCUGCACCGGGGUGUAGAGUUGUCUCAUCACCUGCUCUACUAUCUCUGAUACCUGAGAUUUUUUUUACCUCGUCAUGCAAUAACUGGUGGAGGUCACAGGAGCCAUGGCCAAACAGGACUCCCCACUGUUCCUCCACGGCUUUGACCUGGGGGAUAUCUUCAUAGACCCCCAGCCCCUGGGCAGCGGGACCACUGGUCUGGUUCUGUCCGCUGUGGACAAGCGCAGCGGCCAACGGGUGGCUGUGAAGAAGCUGGUGAUGCGUGACCUGGUCAGCGUGAAGCACGCCCUGCGGGAGGUCAAGAUCACGCGCCGCCUGCAGCACGAGAACGUGGUGCGCGUGCACGAGGUGUUGGGCCCCUAUGGCCGCCCGCUUCAUCACGACCCAGCUCAGCUGAGCGCCCUGUACAUCGUCCAGGAGUGCAUGGAGAUGGACCUAGCUCACCUGCUGGAGCAGGGGCCACUUCCUAGCGGGCACACCACUCUGCUCUUCUACCAGCUCCUUCGAGGACUUAAGUUCAUCCACUCAGCCAACGUGCUGCACCGCGACCUCAAACCAGCCAACAUCUUCCUCAACACAGACCAGUUACUGCUCAAGAUCGGCGACUUUGGCCUGGCCAGAAUCGUUGACCCACACUACUCCCAUAAGGGCUACCUGUCAGAGGGCUUGGUGACUAAAUGGUAUCGGUCUCCACGCCUGUUGCUCUCUCCCAACAACUACACCAAGGCCAUUGAUAUGUGGUCAGCUGGCUGCAUCCUCGCAGAGAUGCUAACAGGACGCAUGCUCUUUGCAGGAGCCCAUGAACUGGAACAGAUGCAGCUGAUCCUGGACACGGUGCCUGUGUUGAGGGAAGAGGACCGCCUGGACCUUCUGCAGGUCAUGCCCACUUAUGUCAGCCAUGGCUGGAAGAUCAAGAGGUCAUUUAGGGAGCUGAUCCCUGAGGUGGAGGUGGAGGCGGAUGCCAUUGAUUUUCUGGAGCGUAUCUUGACCUUUAACCCCAUGGACCGGCUGACGGCAGAAGCUGCCCUGUCCCAUCCCUUCCUGCAGCAGUACUCAUUUCCUCAGGACGAGCCCAUGUCGCCCCAGCCCUUCCGCAUAGAGGACGAGCUGGAUGAUAGCCUAAUCACGGAGCCUGGCCACAGUCACAGCCAGGCCUUUAGCUCUCAUUGGGACAGGUAUGAGACCAGCCUGUCAUCAGACUUGUGCUGGCAGCAGCAGGGUGGGUGUCAGUGCUUGCCUGGGGUCUCGGAGGUGGUUGACCCAGAGGAGGAGGAGGUCCUGAGGGAUCCCAAGGCAGGCUCUAACCCCUUGUUGGAGGAGGCCCAGGUGGACCCUCGCAAGUAUUCCCAGAGCAGCUCUGCCGAGCGCUUCCUGGACCACUCCCACUCCUCUCUGGAGCAUGCUUGUGGGGGCGGGGCCUAUACUGAGCUGGACUGUGACCGUUCCUGUGACUACAAAGUGGGCUCUCCUUCCUAUCUCGAUAAGAUUGCGUGGAGGGAAGACAAACCGCAGCACUACUCCGAGCCCAAACUGAUCCUGGACCUGUCUCACUGGAAGAGGAACAGACAGGUGCCUGAGCCUGGAGGGGCCAGUUUGGAGGAGCUGCCUGUCGAGGAGCUGCCUGGGGACCUGUUCCAGGAGAUAUCUCGGUGGGUAGAGAGCACUCAGUCUCUCCUCCACUCUCCCAGCCUGCCCCAGGAACCCCUGCCCUACUCCAGUUCACCCCCGCUGCCCCUCUCUCCCACUUCCUUCCCCGCUCACCUCUUCCACUGCUGUUCGCCGGCCGUACGGCCCUCAGCUGGACUGGACGAGGAUGACACACUCAGCCCACCUGCCUCAUCCCGCUCUCCUCCGUCUCUGUUGCCCUCUUCUCCUCCGAUUCCUUCGCCAAUCCAUGAGCGCCUCCAGAUGCCUCCCUCCAGGGGGCAAGGGGGCCCGUUUGACCUGGAUGUGUUCAUCACAGCCCUGAAGCGGUGUGGUCAGAAUGAGGACCUCGGUGGAAACCCAGACGGGGCCAAACAGGCCAACAUCAAUGGCGUAUCCAGGCUUCCAGAGCGCAGACCGCCCCCACGUCAGACUCCCAACUCCUGAAAGGAGCUGGGGUCCAAGGCUAACGCAGAGAGCACUGGUAGACUGAACAGUGAACGCAUGUAGAAGGGGGGAAAAAGGAAGUUGCACAUGAUUUAAUGGGUACAGUUCUUUUUUUCUUUACCCAUAAAUCAUUGGUGUGUGCGACUUUCUUUCAUAAGUAAGCGUUGCCUUGACACUAACCCUGCUCACUUAAACUAGCGGUGCUGCUCCUUUGUUCAGAGCUGCUUUUACUGUAUGUUACAAGAAUAAGAGGAGAGUGAGGUGUGGGUCAAGUUCCAUUUGGUACUGUAUGAACAACGUAAGCUUCUGGUGGUUUUGCUACUGCAUACAGUAUGUCAGCGUGGUCACUGCUGUAAAUGAAUGUACAGUAUCUAACCGAAAGGCCUGUUGCAUCAAUGCAGCGACGUGUACUCAUUACAAGAAUGCCUGGAAAAUGAUCAACAUUUGGUUGGAGAGAGGAAUUAUUCCAUAGCAGAAUAGGUUGAAGAGAAAGCAAAUCAGCUAUUUAUGUUGAAAUUACUAUUUUUGUUGUUGUUGAAUUUUACCCCCUUUUCUCCCCAAUUUCAUGGUAUCCAAUUGUUGUAGUAGCUACUAUCUUGUCUCAUUGCUACAACUCGGGAGAGACGAAGGUUGAAAGUCAUGCGUCCUCUGGUACACAACACAGCGCGCAUCCAACCCGGGUAGCCAGCCACACCAAUGUGUCGGAGGGUACACCUGGCAACCUUGGUUAGCGCGCACUGGGCCCGGCCCGCCACAGGAGUCGCUGGUGCGCGAUGAGACAAGGACAUCCCUACCGACCAAGCCCUCCCUAACCCGGACGACGCUAGGCCAAUUGUGCGUCGCCCCACGGACCUCCCGGUCGCGGCCGGUUACGACAGAGCCUGGGCGCGAACCCAGGGACUCUGAUGGCACAGCUGGCGCUGCAGUACAGCGCCCUUAACCACUGCGCUACCCGGGAGUCCCGAAAUUACUCUUAAACAUAACCCUUUUGGAUAUCUUCCGAAUGCGAGUAGGUCUCCCUGCAGCAAAUGGCUAUUUAGAAUUAUACGAGUAUCUUCCAUUUAGUGGGAAGUAUUUCCUAUAAAGAAAAGGGGCCUGAAUGUAUUUAUAGAUCCACAUCUUAGCAUAAGAACAGUUAUCUCUGGUCCAGGGAGUUGUGUUCCUCCAAUAAGGGAAGUGUUAGUGGAGGAACACUCACUAAUGACCUGGACCAGAGCUGAAGAACAGAUAAAGGGAGACGGCCCCUGGGAGUCCUAGAAUGAUGUCGAUACAUUUGAACGUUUUUACUGCUAACAAUUGUACACAUUGAACUACUGAUUCUUACAGGAUCUUCCAGAUGCCUGUAAUUGUUUGUUGACAGUUUUACGGUGAUUUUUGUGUGUUGUUGUUAUUUAUCUGAGAAGGGAGUGCUCUCAUAGUACCACAGUAAGAUAUCUGUCUAGCUUUUACACACCCAUGUUCUCAUGGCAGGGAGAUAUAAACAGAACAGGGACAACACUGUAGUCAGCCUGUAGCUGAUUAUCAUCACCAAGCUGACGUCAGAAAGCCUUCGGAAUAGUCAUGCACAGGGAGCAACAGCUAAAAGGUCACGCACUCUAAACUCCGUGGUAGGGUCCCAAACUACACCCUAUUAUUCCCUAUUCCCUUUUGACCAAAGCCCUUUGGGGAUUAAAGGCUCGGUAUGGUGAAAAAUGGGAAUUGUCUGUGUUUUAUAUAUAUUUCUACAAUAUGAGGUUGGAAUAAUACUGUGAAAUUGUGAACAUUAUGAUGAUGCCCUUUUAGAGUCAGAGCAGUUUGAAAAGACCACCUGAAAGAGUUCCAAACCUCUCUGCCAAUAACAACUAGUUUCCAGUUUUCCCCUCCCCACUACCAGACAGUCGAGCACGAUUCUUGCUAAGAAGCUACCUUUGUUUGUUUUCAAUUAAAAAUGGUCAGAAAAUAAAUCACAGUAAGGACCCUUAAUAGUUACCCAUAAAUGAUUUGAUAUUGAGAUAAACAUGGCUGCAUUGUACCUUUGUACGGUUCCGUUUGGGACGUAGCCCUCGUCUCAUGCUUUUUACCAUUGUUCCUACUAGUCAAUGACGGCGAACGUUCCAAAAUGUCACAAUGAUAUUAUACUCUUGAGUCAUGAGCAAUUCAUCUCAUUGCACAAUAUCACCUGGCGUUCUAAAGGGGACACAAUAAGCGAGCAUAGUCAAGUCUGGAAAUUGCAGGGUGCAAACUGUUGUUUUCAGAGCAGUGCAUUGUCAUUUUAACAUACAAGAAAAAAGCACAUUGGACAGACACUGCCAGGGACCAGGUUCUUAAAGGCCAGCUCGGCUUCAGGUGCAGUGUCAGAUGUUAUCUGGGCAAGUCCAUGUUAUUUUAUUGGUAAAAUAGGAGUCCGCAAUAAUAUCAGAAAUAUCUUAUUAGAUCCGAUGUGCUUGUUGAGACGGAAUUAUGUUCCUUUUAGUCUGGGAGUCGGGUUAUGAAUGUGCCUCAGAAUCGGCCUACAGGCUUUUGCACACCCAAAUAGGCCUAGGCUUCCAGCUCGCUGAAUGUAAAUAGUUUUGCAUGGCUUGAUCCUUGAUCCUAUAUUGAUGAAAACUAUCAAAUUAUUUUAACUAUCUUUAUUUGAGGAUGUUUUGGUUGUAUCACAUAUGGUAGAAUCUGCAGCUUUCACAGCUGAAAUCAAUUUACACGAUCCCUUUUGCA